CAAAGCUAUAUUCAUCAUCACAUCGCCAAAAUGAUUAUUCCCAUCCGCUGCUUCUCCUGUGGAAAGGUCACUGGCGACCUUUGGGAGCGCUAUCUCCAGCUGAUCGCAGACCCGCGCAAGACCGAUGGUGAUGCCAUGGACGAGUUAGGUCUGAAGCGCUACUGCUGCCGACGUAUGAUCAUGACACACGUCGACCUCAUCGAGAAGCUUCUAAAGUACACCCCCGAUGGACGCAACGAAAAGAAGCAGAGAUUGAACGAGUCGGCAUAAAGUUUUGAUCAAAUAGAAAGAUGUGAUGCACAGUUUGGCGUUUUGGAUCUUGUUAAUACGUAUUUUCUGGCUUGGCGCAAGGACGAAUAAAAAUCAGAUUGCAACGAUGGCGGCGAGGCCGUAAACACGCCGUAAUAAUCGAACGAUGACUUCUACUUUACUCGCAAUAUUGCGGCACCUUACAGCAACCACGGCAUACUGUUGAUGUUUUCUCUUCAGGAUGGGAUACAGAUGAAUCGUGAGAUGGUAUGUGGGAGAUAUGGCAAGGAUCCUGUCCAAUACCACAUAUACGGCAGUUAAUAUCGCAAGAUACAAGUGGAUAGUUGCAAACCUAGCU